AAAGCACUAUAAAUAUGACUGAACUACAUUGAAUAUAUAUAUAUGCAUCUCCACUGUAUAAACACUUACUGGCCUCUCAAAACAGCAUUUUGAAGCCAGAAAUCAAGAAAAUGGAAGAUAAUGUUGUGCUUUUGGAUUGCUGGGCAAGUUCUUUUGGAAUGAGAGUGAGGUUGGCGCUGGCGUUGAAGGGAAUCAAGUAUGAGUACAAGGAAGAAAAUCUGGAAGACAAGAGUAGACUUCUGGUUGAGAUGAACCCGGUUCACAAGAAGAUCCCUGUGUUGAUCCACAAUGGCAACCCCAUAUGUGAAUCCCUAAUCAUUGUUGAGUAUAUUGAUGAAGUCUGGCAUGAUGAUUUCCCCUUGCUUCCCUCUGAUGCACAUCAAAGAUCUCUUGCAAGAUUUUGGGCAGCAUAUGCUGACAAGUUGUAUGGCAUUUCAAAAAGAUUGUGGAUGGGGAAAGGGGAAGAGCAAGAGAAAGCAAAGAAUGAAUUGAUAGAAUGCUUGAAGACCUUAGAAGGAGAGCUUGGAGAGAAGGCAUACAUGGGAGGUGAGAAGAUAGGGUUUGUGGAUGUAGCCCUUCUUCCCUUCUCAAGAUGGUUUUACUCUCUUGAGAAGUGUGCAAACUUCACCAUAAAGGAUGAAUGCCCUAAGCUUGUUGGAUGGGUUGACAGAUGCAUGGAGAUGGAGAUUGUGUCCAAUUCACUUCCUCACCCUCACAAAAUCUAUGGGUUUGUGCUGAACCUAAAGGAGAAGCUUGGCAUUGCAUAGUUAUCUAGCUAGUAUGUCCUAGCAGAAAAUUUAAUUUGCACCUAGUAUUUAUAUUUAUCUUCAGGUUGUUAUGAUGAUUAGAUGGUAGUUUGUCAAGAUUCUAGUUAUCCACAAAACUAGAAUUCUACUCUUAUUGUGUCAUUUAUCAUGAAUAAAGUAGAAAAAUUGUGUUAAUUUUUGUGAUA